GAAAAGGAAAGUAACCAAAAAAAAAACAAAAAGAAAAAGAAAAGAAAACCUCUGUAAACAUUUUCACUUUCCUCACCUUCGGCCCCUCAGCCGAUCUAAUUGGAAUAACGCUCCAAAAACCCUCACUCUCUUCCAAAAACAGCGUCACUCUCUUUCCCUCUGUCGUUUUCUCAAACAACCGAUCGAUUCUUCUAAAAAGCGUACAUCGUAUUUCACCUUCAAAUUAGUCGGCGAUUCAAUCAGAUUGAAAGAAAAAAAAAAAGCGAAGAUGUCUCUAAGACCGAGCGCGAGGACCGAGGUUCGAAGGAAUAAGUACAAGGUGGCGGUUGAUGCGGAGGAGGGUCGGCGUAGGAGAGAAGACAAUAUGGUCGAGAUCCGAAAGAAUAAGAGAGAAGAGAAUCUUCUUAAAAAACGCCGCGAAGGGCUUCUCGCUCAACAACAGCCACCGCAGCAACAGCAGUUGCUCUCUUCAACCGCCGGUUCCGAGAAGAAGUUAGAAAGCCUUCCAGCUAUGGUUGCGGGCAUUUGGUCGGAUGACAGAAAUUCGCAGCUUGAGGCCACCACUCAAUUCCGAAAGCUGCUAUCAAUAGAGCGUAGUCCUCCAAUCAAUGAAGUUGUAGAAUCCGGUGUUGUUCCUCGCUUUGUUGAGCUCCUUGCUAGGGAUGAUUUCCCACAGCUUCAGUUUGAGGCAGCUUGGGCUCUCACAAAUAUUGCUUCAGGGACAUCAGAAAAUACCAGGGUCGUAAUUGAGCAUGGGGCUGUACCUAUGUUUGUUAAACUCUUAGGUUCUCCAACCGAUGAUGUACGUGAACAGGCUGUUUGGGCAUUAGGAAAUGUUGCCGGUGACUCGCCUAAAUGUCGUGACCUGGUCCUUGGCCAUGGGGCGUUGGUGCCACUGUUGGCACAAUUCAAUGAGCAUGCAAAGCUCUCUAUGUUGCGAAAUGCUACCUGGACUUUGUCAAACUUUUGUAGGGGCAAGCCACAGCCUUCAUUUGAGCAGACAAAGCCAGCUUUGCCAGCUCUUGAGCGUCUUAUCCAUUCAAAUGAUGAGGAAGUCCUUACAGAUGCUUGCUGGGCCCUAUCAUAUCUCUCAGAUGGUACAAAUGACAAAAUCCAAGCUGUUAUUGAGGCAGGUGUUUGCCCCCGACUUGUUGAGCUCUUGCUUCAUCCAUCCCCAACAGUCCUCAUUCCUGCCCUUCGCACAGUUGGAAACAUUGUUACAGGGGAUGAUAUGCAGACUCAGUGUAUCAUAAGCCACCAAGCUCUUCCAUGCCUUUUGAACCUGCUGACAAAUAACUACAAAAAGAGUAUCAAGAAGGAAGCAUGCUGGACCAUUUCAAACAUCACUGCUGGAAAUGUAGAUCAGAUACAGGCUGUGAUUGAGGCUGGCAUUAUUGCCCCUCUAGUCCAUCUACUUCAAAACGCUGAGUUUGAGAUCAAGAAGGAAGCUGCUUGGGCAAUUUCAAAUGCUACAUCUGGUGGCACACAUGAACAAAUAAAGUUCUUGGUGAGCCAAGGUUGCAUUAAGCCAUUAUGUGAUCUUCUAAACUGUCCUGACCCAAGAAUUGUUACAGUUUGUUUAGAAGGGCUUGAAAACAUUCUGAAGGUUGGUGAAGCUGAGAAAAAUUUGGGUCACACUGGAGAAGUCAAUCUGUAUGCCCAGUUAAUUGAUGAUGCUGAGGGUUUGGAAAAGAUCGAAAACCUCCAAAGUCAUGACAACAAUGAAAUCUAUGAGAAGGCGGUUAAAAUUCUUGAAACAUAUUGGGUGGAAGAUGAGGAUGAGCCAUUACCCCCUGGUGAUGCUUCACAAUCUGGGUUCCAAUUUGGAGGCGAUCAACUUCCUGUUCCUUCUGGUGGAUUCAAUUUCAGUUGAAGGACACUUGGAGGAGAAUGAAGCUCAAAG